AUGAACCCCGCCACCAUCCGUCACCAUGGCAACAUGAACCCCGCCACCAUCCGUCACCAUGGCAACAUGAACCCCGCCACCAUCCGUCACUAUGGCAACAUGAACCCCGCCACCUUUUAUAGUGAAGGUUCAACAACAAACUCAACAGCUGUAGCAAGAGUGGCAGUGGAGGAGCAGCAUUACCAGCAGCACCACGUGCAGCAGCAUUACCAGCAGCACCACGUGCAGCAGCAUUACCAGCAGCAGCACGUGCAGCAGCAUUACCAGCAGCACCACGUGCAGCAGCAUUACCAGCAGCACCACGUGCAGCAGCAUUACCAGCAGCACCACGUGCAGCAGCAUUACCAGCAGCAGCACGUGCAGCAGCAUUACCAGCAGCAGCAGCAGCAGGUACAGCAGCAUUACCAGCAGCAGCAUUACCAGCAGCACCACGUGCAGCAGCAUUACCAGCAGCACCACGUGCAGCAGCAUUACCAGCAGCACCACGUGCAGCAGCAUUACCAGCAGCACCACGUGCAGCAGCAUUACCAGCAGCACCACGUGCAGCAGCAUUACCAGCAGCAGCACGUGCAGCAGCAUUACCAGCAGCACCACGUGCAGCAGCAUUACCAGCAGCACCACGUGCAGCAGCAUUACCAGCAGCACCACGUGCAGCAGCAUUACCAGCAGCAGCACGUGCAGCAGCAUUACCAGCAGCAGCACGUGCAGCAGCAUUACCAGCAGCAGCACGUGCAGCAGCAUUACCAGCAGCACCACGUGCAGCAGCAUUACCAGCAGCACCACGUGCAGCAGCAUUACCAGCAGCACCACGUGCAGCAGCAUUACCAGCAGCACCACGUGCAGCAGCAUUACCAGCAGCAGCACGUGCAGCAGCAUUACCAGCAGCAGCACGUGCAGCAGCAUUACCAGCAGCACCACGUGCAGCAGCAUUACCAGCAGCACCACGUGCAGCAGCAUUACCAGCAGCACCACGUGCAGCAGCACGUGCAGCAGCAUUACCAGCAGCAGCACGUGCAGCAGCAUUACCAGCAGCACCACGUACAGCAGCACCACGUGCAGCAGCAUUACCAGCAGCACCACGUGCAGCAGCAUUACCAGCAGCAGCACGUGCAGCAGCAUUACCAGCAGCACCACGUACAGCAGCAUUACCAGCAGCACCACGUGCAGCAGCAUUACCAGCAGCACCACGUGCAGCAGCAUUACCAGCAGCAGCAGGUGCAGCAUUACCAGCAGCACCACGUGCAGCAGCAUUACCAGCAGCAGCACGUGCAGCAGCAUUACCAGCAGCACCACCACCACGUACAGCAUUACCAGCAGCAGCACGUGCAGCAGCAUUACCAGCAGCACUACGUACAGCAGCAUUACCAGCAGCAGCAGCAGCAGCAGCAUUACCAGCAGCACUACGUACAGCAGCAUUACCAGCAGCAGCAGCAGCAGCAUUACCAGCAGCACUACGUACAGCAGCAUUACCAGCAGCAGCAGCAGGUACAGCAGCAUUACCAGCAGCAGGAAGUACAGCAGCAUUACCAGCAGCAGCAGUUCGCUUGA